UAAACGGACUGUCCGAAUAAGUCACUACCUCCUUUCUCUCUCUACGUCAAUCUCCUCUCUGUAAGACAGUGUCACUGCUAUAGUAACAGUGUGCAACAAUUUCUCUUUCCGUCUCUGCAUAUCUUCUCCUUUUGGGUUCUCAGUCAAAUAUUUGCUAAAUAAAGUGAAAAAAGUUGUGCACUGUUUCUGCCUCCCCUUACCCUUUUCUUGAUUUUAUCAGUUCACUAUCCUUCAAUGGACAUUUUUUAGAGUUUAGACUCAUCCCAUCAGUGACCAAAAAGAAAGAAAAGGAAUUUUUUUCGCGUAGUUUGAUUGCGACUUGCGAGAGGUUUUGAUCAUGCCGGUGGUGGAAAAUGCGAGUGCUAACGUGGCCAAUCGGGCCGACCCGGAUACCCCAAAAAAUGACGCCGCCGUGGAUCAUCACCAGCAGCAGUCUUCCGUUAAUCAGAAGUCUACGAAACCGGCCGACAAAAAUUUCCAUAUGAUGGUUCAGAAAAUAUCUCCUCAACAAUCCAGCGGUCAGUUGUACACUAUAAAUGGAAAUGGAGUGUCAAAGGCUAAUAUUAAUAGCAGUAAUAAUCAGAGUCGUAAGAAAAUGAAGGGUGAAGAUGAUGGGAGUGAGGGGUUUAAAAGAGAGAUGAGGGAUUUGGAGGAAAUGCUGUCAAAAUUGAACCCGAUGGCCCAGGAAUUUGUGCCGCCGUCGCUUGGGGCGGUGUACCAAAGACUGGUUGUGCCGCUGCCACAAGCCGCAGGGCACUAUGGGUAUAAUGCUAAUGGUUUUUUAACUCAGCAACAUGUAAACUCUGGAGUUCCAAAUGGGAAUUCUAUUAGGAGGAAGAACAAUGGCUACAGUCAGGGGAAGCGGAGGAUAAAUAAUCAAACAAAUAUGGCACAGCGAGAAGAGGUUAUUAGGAGGACUGUGUACGCAUCAGAUAUUGAUCAUCAGGUUACUGAAGAGGAACUUGCAGCGCUCUUCAUUGGUUGCGGACAGGUUGUCGAUUGUCGUGUUUGCGGUGACCCUAACUCUGUACUUCAUUUCGCCUUCAUUGAAUUCACCGACGAGGAAGGUGCAAGAAAUGCUUUGAGCUUGGCAGGAACUAUGCUUGGAUAUUAUCCAGUUAGAGUUCUGCCUUCAAAAACUGCGAUUGCACCUGUUAACCCUUCCUUCUUGCCACGGUCUGAAGAUGAAAGGAAGAUGUGUGCAAGAACUAUUUACUGUACAGAUAUUGAAAAAAAGGUUACUCAAGCUGAUGUCAAACUCUUUUUUGAAUCCAUCUGUGGAGAGGUUUUACGCUUGAGGUUGCUUGGCGACUAUAUUCAUUUGACUCGUAUAGCUUUCGUGGAGUUUGUAAUGGCUGAGAGUGCAAUUGCAGCUCUGAACUGCAGCGGUGCAGUCUUAGGAUCACUCCCGAUAAGGCUGGUUUCUCUAUACCCAUGUGUUGUUAUGCAUUACAUCCGAGCCCGAGAGCAAUACAAUCAAAAUAGAAAGUAGAAGCUCACACAUGCAACGCAGAUUUAUAGCGGUUCACUAGCUGUUGUAGGUUUUCACUAAAAAUUAAAAAGGAAGAAGUUUACAUUGGAGAUCUCACACCUAUCUCUGCAUAAUCUUACAGAGAACAUGCCCCCUUCGAUUCCUUUAUAUAGCGAGGACACUAGGGCGGCAUAUUACAGAAAAUGGAUGCCCAAUAUAUAUACAUGUUGGACUGUGGAGCCUAAUUAUCCUGCUUACUCUUCCUUUUGACCAUGAUCAACCUAAUCUCUCUAAUAUUUGCACUUUUGCAGGGUAAGCCCAUCAAAGACCCCUGUUCGACCUCGUGCACCUCGGCAAGCCAUGCACUGAACUGUUUGCUAAAUUCCCUUAAGCUGAUCUGCUGAUAUAUAUAUUUACACACACACAUAGGUAGAUAUUGAACUUGCUGGUACUUUGUGGCAUUUAUGUUUUUGGGAUUUUUACCUUGCAUCUCGGCUGAGUCUCUGUCACUUGCAGAGGAUAUUUAUGGCUGCUUGUCAAGCUUGUAGAGUUGUCCUGUUUUUGAGGUUUAAGUUUACUUCAUUUAUGUUGCACACCAUGUCGAAUUCUGUAGGCAGUGCCUCGAAGUACUAAUACCAUUUCAUGUUUCUGACUUGGAAGAAAGGUUUGUUUUGCAA